GAUUUAUUACUUCUUCGAACUCAUAUGCUAGCUUGGGGAAUACCAUUGGGUGUUGUUAUUUUGGCUUUAAUGGCUCAAAGUAUUCGUGCUGAUUCAUUAUCCGGUAUUUGUUUGGUUGGUGGCGGAAAUCGAAUUAUUGAAGCGGUGUUCAUUUCAUUACGUGAAUUAAUACUUCUACUCUGUUCAUUAGUACCAUUAUUUUUUGGAUGUUUAGCAUUAAUUGGUAAUAAUUUUAAAUUAAAAUAA